CGACAUCUGCAAAGGCGACGAGAAUAUAUAAGCUUGUACAGGUCAGAUCACUUCGAGCAGAGCGGACCCGAUGUCUACCAAGACGCAGCUAGAGCGCAAUUUAGAGGCGGCCGUCUUUGGCGAAGACGACUUCGAGGACCGCUUCGAAGUGUCCUCUGACGAUAAUGAAGGCGAGGGGAAUGCGCCUGCUGACGAGGGCGAUGAGUUUGGCGGUUUGGCUGAUGCUGACCUCUUCAUGGUCGAUAAUGGCCUUUCUCAAGCGUCAGAGCAAGAAGAUUCGCAAGCUAUGGACUUGGAUGACGAGUCCUACCCUCCUGCAUGGCACGACAGCGAUGACGAGACAUUGCAGAUCUCCCUAUCAUCCAUUCCAAAGCUGCGUAAGCUGCGUCGAACGGAAGAUGAAGAUGUCAUCAAUGGGAUCGUCUAUGAACGACGGUUGCGUGCACAAUUUGAAAAGGUUUACCCAGUCCCAGAUUGGGCGCUUCCACCUUCGCGUCGCAAGCGUGUCCGCUCUGGAGAUGCUUCUGACUCUGCCUCUGAUGACUCUGGCGACGAAGCCGAAGUGACAAACUCAGCUGAUCCACUCAAGGCGCUGCUUGCAUCAUCGAAACCGCUCACACGCUUAAGCAAGGCUCGCACUCGGCAACCCGGCAAGCUCGCCAUCAAACGUCUCCGCGAUGCAAACCAGCAGGCGCCGUCGCAUUCAGCAAUUCAGACCAUGUCUUUCCAUCCGAGCUUCCCUCUGCUUCUGACCGGUGGUUACGAUCAAACCUUACGCAUCUUUCACAUUGAUGGCAAAUUGAACACACCUGCAUCGUCCCUAUAUCUGCGUAACGUGCCUAUUCAAAAUGCUGUCUUCCAACCUGACGGAAAGCGGGUGUUUGCAGGAAGUCGCAGAAAACACUUUCACAUUUGGGACCUCGAGACUGGUCAAGUCGACAAGAUCUCGCGCAUGUACGGUCACGAAAGUUUGCAAAAGUCUAUGGAGCAGUUUUCGCUGAGCCAUGACGGCAAGUUCAUGGCGCUUGCUGGAUCAGGUGGUUGGGUCAAUUUACUCUCGGCUGAUACGGGCCAGUGGCUGGACGCGGUCAAGGUGACAAAGGGCAUCAGUGAUUUGCGUUGGUUGCAAGAUGGCACCUUGAUGAUUGCAAAUUUGGCUGCUGAGAUAUGGGAUUACAAUCUAGCUGAGCGUCGGGUGCUGCGUCGAUGGACGGAUUAUGGUGGAUUGAAUACCACCAAGCUAGCAACCGGUGGACUGGAUGACCGGUGGAUCGCUGUUGGCAGCAAGUCAGGCAUCGUCAAUGUCUACGAUCGUCGCAAGACAGGCAACGAGAUAGCGCCUGUGCCAACGCGUUCGCUGGACCAAAUCACAACGAGCAUUCAUGAUUUGCAAAUCUCGAGCGAUGGACAAAUCCUGGCCAUGGCGAGUCGCGCUAAAAAGGAUGCGCUGCGCAUGGUACAUUUACCUUCGUGCACAGUCUUUUCAAACUGGCCAACGCAGAGCACUCCGUUGGGCAAAAUUGGCGGUAUCGCCUUUUCGCCUCAGACAGAGAUGCUGUCCGUGGGCAAUGAGGCAGGCAAGGUGACGCUUUGGAGUCUGAGUAACAUGUAGCAUAUUCUAAUGCAAGGCACGUUAGAGGAAGCCAGCUGAGAAUCUAUUAUAGCCAGCGCUCGAGGUAAUUGAGAUUAGGGUCAUCCAUGCGUCUUUCUC